GUGCGGAGGUCGACUUGAGAAUCUGGGAGGUUUCAGGCGAGUUAGGGCUGCCUGGAGCGGAGUGGAGCUGUGGCCUCGAGACGGGGAGUUGAAGGGGGAAGCUUGGGCUCCGAAUCGGCGCAGGCGGCUCUCACGCGUUCCUUCCUGCCUUUGUGCCCGCUGCCAUGUGGGCUACCCUGAGGUUGGCCCUGAGGCCGUGCGCCCGCGUCCCUGUCUCCACGCUGCGCGCCUAUCAUGGGGCUUCCGUGGUCGCACUGGGCACUCAACCAGACUCUAGCUCUGCCAUCUACCAGGAAAACUACAAACAGAUGAAAGCACUAGUUGAUCAACUCUAUGAGCGAGCACAGAAAAUAAGACUAGGAGGUGAUGAGAAAGCCCGCGCACGUCACGUUUCAAGAGGAAAACUGUUAGCCAGAGAAAGAGUGGACAGUCUUAUCGACCCAGGGUCUCCAUUCUUGGAAUUAUCCCAGUUUGCAGGUUACCAGUUGUAUGGAGAUGAGGAGGUCCCCGCAGGUGGCAUCAUUACAGGCAUUGGGAGAGUGUCGGGAGUAGAAUGCAUGAUUGUUGCCAAUGAUGCCACCAUCAAAGGAGGCACCUACUACCCAGUGACCGUGAAAAAACAAUUACGGGCACAGGAAAUCGCGAUGCAGAACAGGCUUCCCUGCAUUUACUUGGUUGACUCAGGAGGGGCAAACUUACCUCGACAAGCAGAGAUAUUUGCAGAUCGAGAUCACUUUGGCCGCACAUUCUAUAAUCAGGCAAUUAUGUCUUCUGAAGGUAUUGUACAGAUAGCAGUGGUCAUGGGCUUCUGUACAGCCGGAGGAGCGUACGUGCCUGCCAUGGCUGAUGAAAACAUCAUCGUACGCAAGCAGGGUACCAUUUUCUUGGGAGGACCUCCUUUGGUUAAAGCAGCCACUGGAGAAGAGGUGUCAGCGGAGGACCUUGGAGGUGCUGAUCUUCACUGCAGGAAGUCCGGGGUAAGUGACUACUACGCUUUGGAUGAUAAUCACGCCCUUCACUUGGUUAGGACGAUUGUGAGGAAUCUAAAUUAUCAGAAGAAAUUGGAUGUUACCGUUGAACCUUCUGAAGAUCCUCUAUUUCCUGCUGAUGAAUUGUAUGGAAUCGUUGGUGCCAACCUUAAGAGGAACUUUGAUGUCCGAGAGGUCAUCGCUAGAAUCGUGGAUGGAAGCAAAUUCAGUGAAUUCAAGGCCUUAUAUGGAGACACUUUAGUUACAGGAUUUGCUAGAAUAUAUGGAUACCCAAUAGGGAUCAUAGGAAACAAUGGAGUCCUCUUUUCUGAAUCUGCAAAAAAGGGGGCUCAUUUUGUCCAGUUAUGCUGCCAAAGGAAUAUCCCUCUGCUGUUCCUUCAAAACAUUACUGGAUUCAUGGUUGGUAGAGAAUACGAAGCCGAAGGAAUUGCCAAGGAUGGAGCCAAGAUGGUGACUGCAGUGGCCUGUGCCAACGUGCCAAAGAUAACUGUCAUCAUCGGGGGAUCAUAUGGGGCUGGAAACUAUGGGAUGUGUGGCAGAGCCUAUAGCCCAAGAUUUCUCUACAUGUGGCCAAAUGCUCGCAUCUCAGUGAUGGGAGGAGAGCAGGCGGCUAAUGUGCUGGCCACAGUAGCAAGGGACCAAAGAGCACGGGAAGGGAAACAGUUCUCCAGUGCUGAAGAAGCAGCUUUAAAAGAGCCCAUCAUGAAGAGGUUUGAUGAGGAAGGCAGCCCUUACUAUUCCAGUGCAAGGCUGUGGGAUGAUGGGAUUAUUGAUCCAGCAGACACUAGGCUGGUCCUGGGUCUCAGUCUUAGCGCAGCCCUCAACGCACCAAUCCAGAAGUCGAACUUUGGCAUCUGGAGGAUGUAAUUGGGUUAUAAAGCAUCUUCCACUGGACACCAAAAUUAAUAAAUCAGUCGCCUUAAAAUUUUAGACUUUUUCAACAUGUGACUAUUACAGUAAACUGUAUUCUUAACAAGAAAUGCUGUACUUUUAUACCUUAAAAAAAAAAAAAUCAGUUGAAGCUCAAAUCCUUGUAAAAUCUCUCAGAGAAUGUUUUCUGUGACUUAACUUUCCGUCCUCUUAAAAGGACGGAAAACUUACAGUUGUCCUUUCUAAGCCCUAAGUAGUAUGAAAAGUUCUGUAAUCUGUAAAUUCCAGGUAUUGUUGAGAUUAUUAACAUAAAACUGUAUUUCCACCGAAGUGAUUGCUCUGCCGAUUAUGCAUGAUGACAUUUUAAUGUACUUUAAAAAAAAAAAAGCAUCUCUGACGUUUCCCUCUAGACACCCUCCUCCUCCUCCUCCUCCUCCUCCUCCUCCUCCGCCAUAAUCAUCAGGUUCUCACGGUCUGCGCUCUGGGCUCUGUUUCUUACUCACUCUCUCCUCGCCCUCGCUCUGGCUUCCACUGCCCACAGCCUUCUUCAAAGUCACGAAGGACCUCCGUGCUCCUGAAACCAGGGCGUCCUUUUCUGACUUCACCUGACUUAGUUCUCUGGGGUAUUCAAAGCAAACACUUCCUCCUAGAAAUGCCAGCCUUGGCUUCCAGGCUGAGACGCUGGGGUUUCUGCCAGCCUCAUAGCCCUUCUCACUCAGUUUCCUUCGCAGGCCCCAUCCCCAGUGCUCUUUCUUCCUCCCCUUCACCGUUUGCCCUGGUUUCUCCUUAGUGGUAUGUGAAUACAUUCUUAUUAUAAAAGAUACAAGCCACACAAAAGGAUCUCCUUUUUCUUUUAGUUGUAGUAAAAUAUGUAUAACAAAAAGUUUACCCCUUUAACCUUUUCUUUCUUUUUUUUUUUUUUUUGGCCACACCUGCAGCAUGUGGAAGUUCCUGGGCCAGGGAUCAAACCUGCACCACAGCAGCAACCUGAGCCCACAGCAGUGACACUGCUGGAUCCCUAACCUGCUAGGCCAGCAGGGGACUGCCACUUUAGCCAUUUCUAAGUGUGCAGUUCUGUGACAUGAGGUACAUUCCCAGUGUUGUAUGGCCAUCCCCACUCCACCUGCAGAACUUUUCAUCACUCCAAACGGAAAUGCUGUUAUUUAGCAGUCACUCCCCAUUCCUGCUUCUCCCUGCCCCUGGCACAGCUUGUUUUUCUUUCUUUUUUAAAAAUUGAGCUAUGAUUGAAAUAACAUAUUAGUUUCAGGUGUACAACAUAAUGAUUUGAUACACUGCAGAUUGAUCACCAAAAUAAGUCUAGUUACAGUAGAGUAUUUUUAGCUGUAGUCAGCGUGCUGUAUAUUUCAUCCCCAGGAUUCAUUUCUUUUAUAACUGCAAGUUUGUACUUUUUGACCUCCUUCACUCCUUUUGUCCAUAUCCCACCUCUCCCAUCGGGCAACCAGCAUUCUUUUCUCUGUAUCUGUAAACUUCGUUUUUUGUUUUGCUUUGUUUGUUUUGUUUUUUAGAUUCCACAUAUGGUAUUUGUCGUUUUCUGUCUGACUUUUCCAUUUAGCAUAGUGACCUCAAGGUUCAUCCAUGUUGUUGCAAAUGGCAGAAUCCCAUUCUUUCUUAUGGCUGAAUAUUCCUCCUCAUUCUUAAAUGUGUCUAUUUUUCUUGCCCUGGUUUAUUCUCGCUGGGCCACUUCAGCCCUUCUUAUGGCUUUAGUUGCUAUCUAGAUGGGGAUGCUGACAGUUCCUAACACAGUUCUCUGAGUUCCAGACCUGUAUGCCUGUAACAGGUCGAAGGAACCUAGAUUCAGUCAUCAAGUUCUGUUGACUUUGCCUCCUAUCUCUUGAAUUCCCCCUCUAUUUUUGUCUGUUACGCAGGCCUUAGAAGUGGUUUGCCUGCAUCCAGUCUUACCGCAUAGAAUGGAAUUCUAAUGGAAUUAGAGCAGCCAGUCUGCAGUGCAUGUCAGUCAUGCUGCCUCCUCACGUACAUCUUUCACGGCAUCCCUAUAAAAGUGCCAAACCCUUAGUGCCCUCCGUGGAUCUUUUUUUUUUUUUCUCCAUAAAUCUUGAUCACCACCUCUUCAGUCUCCUCUCCUUGACUCCUCUUUUCACACGUGAUGCUCUCCCAUUCUAGAAUUACUCCAGUCCCUUGAACGCACGAAAUCCUUCCCCUCUUAGAGCUUAAAAUGUUCCCUCCACCUCAACCGUUCCAUUCUCCCUUCUACUUAAACGCUUUUAUCCUUUUGUCCUACUUUAUCCUUUUGUCUCUGUGAUUUUCCUGGUCUGGGUCAGACAUCUAUUAUAUACUCUCGUAGAGCUCCGUCUUCUUCCUCUGUCUGUUCCUCUGUCUUGGAUGUUUAUAAGAAAUAUGACAUUUCUUCAGUAUUGCCCUCCUGCUAGAAUGUAAGCUCUCUGAGAGCAGGGAGCCUCCUAUUUGGUCUGUGUCUCCAGUGCCUGGCACUUGUAGGUGCUCCCGUAUUUGUUGAAUAAAUGAAAAAGUCCAGAUUUUAAUUGUAUCCUCAGGCCACAUCAUUUUGAAAUCAAAUGACUGAUUAUAUGAUCUAAUACAACGAUCAAAUGCUUUCCUAAUAAAAUUAAUAUUUCAAACA